AUGCCUACUCUAUCGACUCUUAGAACAUUAACUCUGGCGCUUGUCGUCACGAUUAAAAGCGCCCAAGCGACUGUCGUUGUCCCAUAUGUUUCCUAUAUUGGACCCGGCCCUAUCGGAGUCCCCGAUGAAUUCGUUCGCUAUCCUAUGAAUGAAACCGAGGGAAUGUACCAAGGUCGCUUUGGCGUUCAUCUUGCUAUUGGCACCCCUCCCCAGCACGUCUGGGUUCCUCCUCACUUCUUCAGCUCGGAAACCUAUGUCAAAGGCGUGAGCCUUUGUGACAACUACACCACCGCAGACCCAGGUGGUUCAAUCGAAUACUGCGAAUCUGAUUACAAUGGCCUUUUUGCGGCCAACGAGAGCUCGACGUUCGAAAUGAGCAGCGAGAGGUCCUUCGGCGUAGAUACUGUCACAGUUUCUGAUGCUGUUCCCGGUCUUGAAAAUAAUGAAUUCAGAUUCGGGAUCCAGACCACCGAGCAACCAGGCGCUGUCGGCGAUGACUUGAGCACAUUCGGUUUAGGUCCCAACUCUACCUUCCUUCAAACCUUCUUCCCGGGCAAAGAGCAAGUCGGAAUCUAUUACACAGGAGGAAGUAGCACCCAUGGCAAGCCGCCGUAUAGCGCCCCUCCACGGCCUUUGGUUGUCUACGAACUCGAAUUCGAUGGUUACAAUCAAUCCCAUUUUACAGGCGAAAAGUUCACCCAGCCAAUCGGUCCACCAGCUCCCCUUUCAAACAGUUCCAACCCAUUCACACUUAACGUCACCAAUAUUUCCGUCGGCCGAAAUGGAAUAUUGGGUGGUGGCGGACCAUUCGUCGCAACUGUCGACUUUUCGGGCCGUACAUCCAAUAUAUUCCCAUCUUCAGUGUACGACCUCUUCGUCCAAGCUACAGGCGCCAGAAUCGUCGACGGGAUGCCGUCCUACAAUUCUUCCGCUCUUCCCUCGAACCCAGAUGAUUUUUACGACCUCGCCAUCACAUUUUCUGACGGAACUCGCGACUUCACUGUAUCACUUCCCCAAGAGAUCCUGAUUAGCCAGCUUUCCAGACCUAACUACCCUGACUUUGCUAUGGCAAAUAUCCUCAAUGCAGAUGAUCCAGUUGUUAUGCGAUCAUGGCCUGUCAGGGGUCCCGUAAUCGCCCUCAACCAGUUGAUGUUCACUUCCUAUAUUGGCAUUGAUCAUGCUGCCGGGGAAUGGUGGUUGGCAAAGGCCGUUCAUCCCUGGGAUGAAUCAAUUGCGCCAACCAAUAACAAUACUUCCAAACCCAAGGAGGGCGCCGCGGCAGGCGGGAUCGGAGGCAACCUGAAUAGGGCGAUUGUGACUGCAUCAGCCCUUGCCGCUGCAGUUAUCCUGUUGUGUUAG